AUGGCAAUUUCUCACCAUACCCGUUCGUCUAUCGGCGCAGUGGAACCAAACAUGGUGUUGGAUCAUGGCUCGAACUUUGUCGUGGACAAUGUCCGUGUCAACAAUGCCGACAACAUCUAUAACAUUUCGCAAAGCGCGGAAGAUCCGUACGCGAAACUACUUGAACAAUGUGCCGUGGAGGCUACACACGAAUCGUCUACUGCUGCCUAUGCUCCCAGGUGCAAGCAAGGGACGCGACGGCGGGUCAUACACGAUAUCAUGCAGUGGACAUACUUCUCUGAGAAGCCUAUCCUAUGGUUCUCGGGACCAGCCGGCGGAGGGAAAACAUGCAUUCAGCGUGAAGUCGCGCGGCAAGCCGCCGAUGAAGGGAUACUGGCCGGCUCGUAUUUCUUCUCCUCCCGGAUACAAGGCUUGAACACCGACAAGCCUUUCAUCGCCACCUUGGUCCACCAGCUAUCGAACGCGAUACCCGAAUUCGGCGCCCUCGUCCCCGAAGCAAUACGAAACCAGCCCGGCAUCUUUCAAAAAUCGCUUGACUUCCAGCUCAAACACCUUAUCUUGGAUAUACUACCCCACCUUCCACCGACAGUACAUCGUCGAAUAUACCUGUUGGUAAUCGACGGCUUCGACGAGUGUCGAAGUGUCACCCAGCGGAGGCAUUUGCUCCACCUCAUCUUAGCGUUGGUCACCAACCCCCACCUUCCCUUUCGGGUUGUCAUCGCCAGCCGUCCCGAGCUCGAUAUUCGAACAGCAUUCGGCUGUGCACCGUUACUUUCCUUCACCCACUUCAUCCGACUGGGUGACUAUGAUGGCACGGAUGACAUUCGUGCGUUCUUUUGCGACGAAUUCAUGAGAAUUCGGGAGAACCACCCAUCCGGGGCGUUCAUCCCUGCAGGCUGGCCACCGGAAGAAGACAUCGAGGAGUUGGUGCUCAAAGCGUCGUCCCAAUUCAUCUUCGCAUCUACCGUCAUCAAGUAUGUCGACAACCCACGACAGAAUCCGGUGACGCUCUUGCGGCGGGUGUUCGAGUAUUCCAAAUUGGCAGUUGUAGGGAAAGAGAACCCCUUUGCAGAGCUCGACGCCCUCUAUGCCCUGGUUCUGCAUCCACCUGAGGCUGAUCUUGACCUCAUCCGUUUGCUUCUCCACACGAUCAUGGUCCUCUCGAAUCCCCAAUCACUGAACUGGAGACGCGAGCCCACUUUCUUGGACGGGUUCCUCGACCUCGAACCAGGGACCGCGUCCAUGGCCCUCUGCGACCUACAUUCAGUGCUGGACAUCCCCAGCGAUGGGAGCCAUUGCUAUAUUCGUUUCCAUCACAAGAGUCUCGAAGACUAUCUCACUUCCCCAAGUCGGUCUGGGGAUCUGUACCAGUCCCUUGAAGAAACCCACUUGAGUAUUGCGAUGCAGCAUCGAAUCUUCUCUCUUUUUCGACCGACAGGCCUCGUCGCAUGGCAAGCCUCGCGGCCUCCGGCAGGUGGUCCACAGAUCCCUGAGUGCAGUGCGACCGUCAUACAGGCUGUUCGCUGCUUUGCAAAAGGCUCGAGUUUAUUCGAGAGAACUGGUCGAAGCAAGGAAUUCGCCAUCGAAGCGCUCGCGACUGAAGCGCGUGUUGGUGAAAUUAAGGCGUACCGCACCUGCACAUGCAGGGCCGCAUCAUCAUCUCCUUUAUUAUUAUCACCUUUUACUGUAUCUCCUCCCGCAUGUGCUCUUUAUCUCGUGAUCUUCCUUGUAGAGAUGUCUGAUGAGGAGAUAGAGUAUAUUGGCACACAGCGAGCUCUGAAGCGACCACUGACAGGAAUCGCUCUGAAUGUCGAGAAAUACGAUAAUAACGAUGCGUAUCGACUGGUAUUCAACAGGGCGAACGGUUGUGUCAUCCAUAUUGGCCGUCGACCAGGCGCAGAUUCGACCAGGUCGCACGACAACGAUAGUGGCAAUGCCAUGUUCAGAUGUGCUGUGGUGAGCAGGAAGCAUGCAAAGAUUGCGUUCUCAGACAACGGAAAUGCCUAUAUCAUCGAUCUCAACUCCCAUCAUGGGACUCAUUUGCGCAAGGCUGGUCAGUUAUCGUCGAAGAUGCUGAAGCCAGAAGAGCCCAUGCUACUGUCUGAUGGCGACGUCAUCACCUUCGGUAAGACUGUUGGCAGAAAUGAGGACUCCGUUCGCCCCGUGGUCGUCCGCGUCGAACUCUUGCGAAACCCUCAACCCAUCAAACCCUUAGUGGUACCCUCACCAGCAUCCGACAAGUCGAGCUCUGGGCGGUACGGCAUCUACACCUCCUCAGGCUCUUCCGACGAGAUGCUGGAUUCAGAGGUUGAAGAGAUUCCAGCUCCAUUCAGAGAACCACCUCUCGCAUCGAAGGCGAUUCGUGUUCUGUCCGACACAGUUAGAGGCAUGCUCAAUGACUUGCACGACCCCAUGACCACGCUUGCUCCUAUCGACCCCCAUCGUCUGUCGAGAUCGCAUUCGCCCAUGGACCUAGAGAGUCCUCCCGCUCAUAACAAAGAGCCUUCUGUCGUAGGAGCGUGGCCGUCUAGUUCCGACCACUCUGGUGAACCCAGCGAAAAUGAGCAACCUCGAACCGACGUCGGCGUCGCACCGAUCACAACCAGUCCGGAAAGCAACCCAAAGGAGGACGACUCCCACGAGGUUGAAGCCGAAGUUGACUCGCAGUCUGACCUUGACCACUUCAUGUCUGACUCUUCGAUAUCAUCCUCUCGCCGAUCGUCCCCGGGCCAGGGAGAGGUCGUUGAAGCUCCCAAUCGGGGUGAUUUGAAGGAACUCGUAGACAUGUUGCAGGAGGACGUCAAGAAGCUUCAUGAUCACCGACGCAAGUAUCGUCUGAAAUUUAACACAAAUGUUCACACCAUUUCCGACAAGAUAACCGAAUACGACGCCCGCCUUAACAAACUCUCCAGUGAUCACGCUACCCUAACCGAAAGGGUCGACAACCUCGCAUCCUUGGAAUCUGCAGAGGUCGUCGCCCAGCUGGACGACCUUCACGAACGCCUCGACAACCUCGCGGAUAUCGAUAUUUCUGACUUACAAGAUCAAGUGGAUGGUAUUGAUGGAGAGUUAUCAAAUCUUUCUAGGAGGUGCGACGAACUUUUUGCGGCUCAGGAAUCAGACAAAGAGAAGCAGGAGGCCGAGAGGGCUCGGGAGGUAGACGCUCUGAUCAAAGAAAUAACGCAAAUUCGAGAUUCGACGCGAGAGCAAGCUGAUGUCUACAUGGCAGACCUUAAGGCCUCCGCUGACGGUCUCUUGACUCAGCUCAAAUCUGAGGUCGCCCGAGCGAGCACUUUGCUUUCCGAGAUCCAAGCCCAGCAUUCUCCUCCUACGGUAUUGAAGAAGCGUAAGCGCGACGAUUUGGAUGACUCCGAUGGCCUUUCUGAAAGAUCGACCCCCCUUCCUCCUUCAAUGGCCGAGAACGCCGACGAGAACGUCUGGCAUGACGUCAUCUCCAUGAACGCUUCCCAAACGGAGCAAGCCCCUAUUCAACGUGAGGCGACUCCCCCGCCUCGAAAGCGUAUCAAGAGAAUCGCCACUAUUGCUGCGCAUACUGCGACAGCUGUUACCAUUGGAGCUGUUGCAGCUUGGUCAGCUUUGGCCUUUGCAUGA